AUGGGAGAUAAAUACGUGUCGGGCUAUCCCGCACCCCCAUACUAUUAUGAUGAAUAUGUAGAUGCUGACGAGGAGGUUGAGGGUAUUCUAAAAAGGUUUCAAACAAAAGAGAAUGAGGUAGAAGAAAAUUACCGUAGGGAAGAUGUGGAUGGGAUGAAUUUCCUGAAGCGAAUUAGUAGGACAUACGACAUUUAUGACAUUUCUGAAAAUAUGCAUGUGGAUGUGCAGAAGAAAAGUAAUGUUGAAUGUAUGAGAUACAUACCGAAAAAAUGCCAAGUGAUACUAGGUAGGCCUCCACCUUUACCACUAAAAAGUAAUUACAAUAUAUUUGGAUUAAUCUAUGAAAUUGAAAGAAGAGUUGAAGAUUUAGAAAGUGACGAAUUAUUAUAUGAUAUAAAGAAAAACUUGAAAAAUGAAUUUAUUAGACUUUAUAAAAUGUAUAAAGACUCCUUUUUUGAUCUAUUUGAUGAUAUUGUAAAUAAUAGAAAAGAUGACAAAACUAAGGUGAAAACUUUGAUAAAGGUUCAUAUAAAUUUAUUUCACAUUUUAGCCAAUUUAAGAUAUUUUCAAGCUGUUAAUAAUAUUAUUAAUGUUUUAAAAGUCCAAUUAAAAAGAAGACAAAUAGCUAUCGACAAAAUGAAGUUAAGUCUUCUUCAUGUUUAUGAUUAUAUUAAUUUUGUUCAAGAUAAUUUAUCCACGUCUCGGUGCAUUCCAAAUGAUGUAUUAUCUCGGGGAAUUUACAAAAGGAGGAAGCGCGGAGGGGGAGAGGGGGAAGGGAUCGAGAAGAACAAAAAUGUAGAAUACCUUACCUGA